AUGGGAAAUUGUAUGAAAAAAGAAUCCUCCAUGCAAUGGGGAGGCGAAGACUGGAGCUUACCCUCCACAGUGCCAAAAACUAACAAGGAUUUCUAUUGUCAUAAGACCAUGAAAGUUGAGGAAGAUCAUCUUCACAUCGGAGAAGAAAAGGAAAACUUCAAUUCUUCUACGUCCAUGAUAAAAGAGGUAAUAAAGAUAAAGAUCACGAAGAAGCAAUUGUCGGAGUUAAUGGGUAAGGCAGACGUAGAAGGCCUAUCCGUACAUCAACUAUUGACAAAGUUGAUGAACGUCAAUGAAGGGAUUGAGUUGCAUCAUCGGUCAUGGAGGCCUGCCUUACAGAGUAUUCCUGAAGUCAAUUAA